UAAAAGAAAUGUCCUCAUAUCCUCAAACAUUUCUAAUGUUACAGUCCUUCAAUAAUUAACAGGAGCGGUAUUUUCCCUUCCACAAAACUGAUUGUAAAUGGAACCGAUCCCCAGGCGCGUCCACACGCACAUCAUCAUGCGCGUACACGUCUCAUGGUCGGCCAUUUUGACUUGAGAAAUAAUGUCAAAAUCUUUUUCUGCUCACAGUUUAAAGCUCUGAAGGGGCCCUUGUUGAGGCAGGGCUGGUGAAGGAGGGAGGACACCGGGGAUCUGUGGAUGCAGGACGAUGCAUCGCACACCGAAUUUCAGCACAUCUCCUCUCUGACAGCCUCCAGGACAGCUCUGAUCACAGAUUGCUGUUUGUCUGACAUCUCCAAGUGUUUCUGGUGUUGUGAGACGGCCCCAGUGGAUGGAUGUGCUAUCUGACCACUGACCACUGAAAAACCAGUGUGUGUAAACUGGUCUCUGCAUCUCAACUGAGGAAACCCAUUAUCUGGCUGAAGGCUCUCUCUCUCUCCCCCCUCUCUCUCUCCUAUAGACUGCAGGCAUGUUCUGGAAGUUCAACCUAAACAACUCCUCUCAGGUGGAGAAGCUUUUGGAGAAGGAGGAUUUGACUCUGCUGGAGCUGCUGGAUGAAGAUGACGUCCUGCAGGAGUGCAAGGCUCAGAACCAGCGGCUGCUCCUUUUCCUCACGCAGGACAGCAGCAUCCUGGAGUUGGUCAACCUCAUCACGCACGAGCCCCCUGCUGACCGGGAGGAGAAACUGCGCUAUAAGUAUGCUAAUGUAGCUUGUGAGUUGUUGACGUGCGAUGUGUCCCUCAUCAAUGAUAAAGUGGGUGGAGACGAGUCUCUGCUGAACACACUGUACAGCUUCCUGGAGCAGAAGCCGCCGCUAAACCCCCUGCUGGCCUCCUUCUUCAGCAAGGCCAUCGGAAACCUCAUUACCCACAAGGCAGAGCAGGUGAUCAGUUUCCUAAAGGACAAGGAGGAUUUUUUAGGGCAGGUGUUGAAACAUUUGGACACGUCGGCUAUGAUGGAUCUGGUGCUGCGUCUCAUUAGCAGUGUGGAACCUGUCAGUUUCAGACAGGAAGUGCUUACUUGGCUGAAUGAAGAGCGACUGAUCCAGAGACUGAUUGCGCUGAUCGGUCCUCACACUGACACUGAGUGGCAGUCGAAUGCGUCUCAGGCUCUGUGUGACAUCAUUCGUCUGAGCAGAGAUCAGGCCAGUUUGAUGCCGGACACCACAGAGAGCGACCCCCUGCUCACGACACUGGAGCUACAGGACAAUGUCGAGGCUCUACUGAAGAACAUGCUAGAAGGGGAAAAGAGUGAAGUGAGCAUCGUCUAUGGAACACAAGUCUUACUCACAUUGCUGGAAACUCGGAGACCAGGUGUUGAGCAGGUGAUUGACCCGUGCUCUCAGGGAUUGGAAAAGUCUUACACUGUAAACAACAGCAUUUUAAUGGGCAUCCAGCCUCAUCUAAAGCACUUUCACCACCUCCUGUUAAACCCACCCAAGAAAUUUGCGAUGUUGACCACAAUGGGCAUUUUGGAGGAGCCGUUUGGAAAUGCGCGACUGCAUGCAUCCAGACUAUUGGCGGCUCUACUUUACACCCGAGCUCCCAGAAUCCACCACGAGCUCUGCCGACUGAACAUCAUCAACCUGCUGCUGGAUUUGUUUUUUAAGUUCUCCUGGAAUAACUUCCUGCACGUCCAGGUGGAACAUUGUGUCUCUGCCAUCCUUAACCCAACAACACCAAACGGGAAAACACAUGACAGUCCAGAUCAGUUUCAGCUGGAAACACAAAACUCCGACACACAGAAUUCUGACAAAUCUGACAUGUUCACACGCGGUGACCUGAUCAAGCAUCUACUGAAGGACUGCAGGCUGGUUCAGAGGAUUUUGGAUGCUUGGGAUGAAAAUGACAAAACACAGGAAGCAGGAGGCAUGAGGAAAGGCUUUAUGGGUCAUCUGACCAGGAUGGCCAACACUGUGGUGCAGAAUGCAGAGCGAGAACAGGAACAGACCCUCAUCACACAGCUCUUACAAGAGCUUCCAGAGGACUAUAAAUCUCGCUGGGAGCAGUUUGUAAAUGAAACGCUGACAGAAACUAACAAGAAAAACACAGCAGACCUGGUGUUCUCAGAUUAUCAGAUCCAGCAGAUGACCGCAAACUUUGUUGAUCAGUUUGGACUGAAUGACGAUGAGUUCAGAGAGCAUGAUGGGAGUAUAAGCGCCACGUUUGAUCGAAUCACAGAGAUCAACUUUAACUUGGUGGAUGAAGGAGCGAGCUCUGCCGUGUUUGAGACUCGUACGAAGGAGAGAAUCCGUCCAUUCGAAGAAGCUGAGGAGGAAGAAGAUAUUUGGGAGGAUAAAGAAAUCAACUAUGCAACACAAGUGAAGGCCAGAAGCAGGUUUGGCCUGGUGACGAACCCUCAGAAGAGCGAGGCAGACGCCGGCUCUCGUAAGCGCCUGGGCUCUCCUGACAUGGAGUGGUUCCCAGAGAUCAAACCAAAUCCAGAGGAAAAAAAGUCCCAGGAGGCGGAGAAGCAGCUGAGUGAUCCGCAGAGUCCUGGCUGGAUCGCGAGUUUUGAGGAUGACUUCAGCUGUCGUGAUCUGGCCAGUAUAGCGAUGGACACGGGCUCCAGUGUGUGGGGUGGCUCUGGCUCCGGCUCUGACUCUCAGCUCAGCCAGACCGAGGACAAAGGCUGGGCCACUUUUGGAGACUUCCAGCCCUUCUGCUGUUCAGAUGCAGGACCCAGAUGCAGUUCACCUGCCAACCCAGAAAAUCCCAACAAACAGAGCGAGACUGAAGAAUUGAAGGGCUCGUCGGCGUGUGUGUGGAGUGUGUGUGGAGCGAGGAAAGCUCCACUAGUAGCGUCUGACAGCAGCUCCAGUGGAUCAGACAGUGAGGAAGAGGAGGAAAAAUCCAGCAUCAUUACUGAGAGCAGCGGCAAACUUAAAGCGGAAGCAAAACAUGAGAAAGCAGCCAUCAGCAGUGACAUUAAUGCCAAAGCAACAAGUGGCAUGACAACAGAUGUCAUAGCAACAGGAACCAUGGCGAUGCCCAUCACUGGUACUCAGUCGCCCAAGGAGAAGAAGGGCGACUCCAGUAGUAAUGGCCCGAUGUAACCUCAUUCUCCUCCAUCUUCAUGACAGCUGUUGCUCCACCUGUGAAAUGCUAAAGGCUGUGGCUUUCCCGUUGACAGACACGACUCCUCUCUGUGUGUGUUUUUGAUUUGAGCAUGAGCGAUACUCUACGUGAUCUCCGUCUUCCCUGAUGAAGACACAUAGUCACUGUUGGAAACACUAAACUUCACAUCAACGCCCACAGGUCAAUUCUCACAUAUGCAUCAUCCAAAGGCUUGAUUUAUAGUGUUGUUUUUUUAUGUUUCUGAAGCAGUAUUUACCAGUUUGAACGAGGCAGGAGAUCAAGUCUGAGUGAGCGAGCGAGCGCGUGUGUGUGUGUGUGUGUUUUGAUCAAUAUCUCUGUUUGCUGUAGCCUUUGGGCCUGGUACUGACAUGAUUUCAGUACUGAUUUGUUUGCACUUGCGUUUCCACAGCAUUUAUCUUUUCAAGCUCCGCCCAUCAUUCAUAAACAUAUUUAAAUGAGCAAAAAUAUUUGGGAGCAGGUCUCAGUGGUUAUUUUUUUUCUUCUUGUUGCUGUUGUAGGAUGUUUGUUUUAAAGGGAUAGCUCACCCAAAAUGUUUACUCAACAAUAUUUUAUACAAGGAAAUGGCUUCCAAAAAAGGGAAAAAUGACCGUAAAUUUCAUAAUUUCUAAAAAUGGACCAAAAUAAGUGACAUUUUUCCUUUGUCAGUACUGUUACACUGUAAUUGGCAUUAGUUUACAAUAAAAGAUAAGAACAUUUUGUAUUAAAUCAGCUGUAAUAUGUGUGAUUAGGACAAAAAAAUUAACAUAUUUCAGCAAUUUAGGGAUUUUUUUCUAGUAACAACUGUAUGUGUAUAUGAAUGUUAAACUAUGACUCCUGAUUUGUUGAAACCAGUUGAUUUAUUUUGGAAACAGACAUUUUCAUGAAGGAAUCAUUAAAUCAUUCUGUCUAAGUCAAUCAGCUGCUUUCUAUAAAUCAUUUGAGUCAAACCAAGUGACUUAAUAUAGGGAUCAUUGAAUCAGACUGAAAUGAUUUGUUAAUGAGAGCUGAUUCAUUUAGAAAUAAAACAAAUUACUGCCUUUAUGAAUGGAUCAUUGAAUAAUUGACUCAAAUGAUUUGUUCAGGAGCACUGAUUCAUUUAGAAAUCAUACAAGUGACUUUUUUGAAUAGUUCAUUAAAACAUUGACUCAUGUGAUUCGUUUGAGAGCGCGGAUUCAUUUAAAAUCAUACAAGUGACUCUUUAUCAAUGGUUCAUUGAACCAAAUGAUUUGUUUAAGAGCGCUGAUUUAAUUAGAAAUUAUACAAGUGAGUCUCUUUAUGAUUGAUUCAUUGACUCAUUUACUGAUGUGAAUUGUUCGUGAGCGCUUAUUCAUUUAGAAGUGAAAUGGAUGACUCUAUAAAUGGAUCAUUAAAUCAUUGGCUCAAAUGAUUUGUUCAGGUGUGCUGAUUCAUUUAGAAAUGAAACAAGUGACUUUAUGAAUGGAUCAUUGAAUCACUGAAUCAAAAGAUUUUUUAGAAGCACUGAGUCGUUUAGAAUUUAUACAAGUGAGUCUUUAUGAAUGGUUCAUUGAAUCAUUGACUGAUGUGUUUUGUUUGGGAAUGCUGAUUCGUUUAAAAAUUAUACAAGUGACUCUUAAUGAAUCAUUUAUUAAAUCAUUGACUGACAUAAUUUGUUUGGGAGUGCUGAUUCGUUUAGAAAUUAUACAAGUGAGUCUUUUUAUUAAUUAUUCAUUGAAUCAUUGACUGACGUGAUUUGUUCAGGAACACUGAUUCAUUUAGAAUUUAUACAAGUGACUCCUUAUGAAUGGUUCAUUGAGUCAUAGACUUAAAUGGCUUGUUCAGAAGCGAUUGUUUGAAAUGGUUUGAAAAUUUAAAAUGUAAAAUUAUUUAUAUUAUAUAAGAUAUAAAAUCAUUUAAAAUGAUAUGUUACUUUCUUUAUGAAUAGUUGAUUGAAUAAUUGACUCGUGAUUUGUUCAGGAGCACUGAUUCGUUUAGAAAUUAAACAAGUAAAUCUUUAUGAAUGGUUUAUUGAAUCAUUGACUCAUGUGAUUUGAAUCACUGAAAAGAAUGAAUCAUGGAAAAACAUUUCAGCAGCUCUGAUUUAUUUAAAAAAUUAUACAAAUGACUCCUUAUGAAUGAAUCAUUGACUCGCAUGAUUUGAAUCACGGAAAAAUUGUUUGGGAGCACUGAUUCAUUUAGAAAUUAUACAGGUGACUCAUUAAGAAUUGUUAAUUGAAUCACUGACUCAAAUGAUUUGUUCAGAAGCGCCAAUUCAUUUAGAAAUCAUUUCCCUAUGCAAGCUUGUUUUAAAACUUCCUAAAGGGACUGGGAAUUUAAAUGUUUAGGCAUUUGGUAGGAAUUUGAUCCAAAGCGGCUUACACUUACAUUGAAGGUGCAGAGUUAUCAGGGAAUCAGUGAAUUGAACCCACCAUGUUGGCAUUGCUAGAAUCAUGCUUUUUGUGUGAACUAUCCCUUUAAAUCUUGUUCUUGUCUGUGUGCUUGAUAUCAGAAUGAACUCUCAGGUGAAUGUUGUGUGUCGUGUGUGUGUGAGUAAGAGGAACCGAGGGUGCGUUUUGUGUGCCUUCAAAUCAGAGAAUGGACACAUCAGUAUGUUUAUUGUGUGCACAAAUAUCUUUAGUCACAUCUUCCUAUAUCACUGUCAGGUCUUAGUAAUACUCGUGUGUUCUUUACGAUAUAUUAUAUUUUUUAUGACUAAUUACUAGCGAAACACUAGAGAGCUGCAGUGUCCGUUUGAAGCUAGAGCGAUAGCAAUAACUGUACUUAUUUUGGGAUUCAUUUCCUUUUUUUUUAUUAGAAAUGUAGCUUUGACGAAAUGUGCACACAAGCUGUUUGUGAGAGCGAGUGUUGUGUGUGUGUAUUAGAGGCUCGGUGUGUUUCCAAUUUGUUUUGCACUUUUAAAAACUUGAUUUUGAUACCAAAUGCAAAUGUUCGUGGCGGUACGAUGAUGAAAGCGAGAGCCAGUUUUUGUGCGUGGUUGAGUUUACAGUUAGUUGUGUUUUUUUUUUUUUUUUUUGGAGCGCGAGUGUGUCGUAUUAGUGAGCGUAUAUAAGCAAGACGCGGGAAAUAUCGAUUGAUCAGUCUCUGUGCUGGAAUGUAAUUCAUACUUUUAUAAGUUUAUUAUCUUUUUUUUUUUGCCAAAUAUUCCGUCCGUCUUUCCCCAUUCAGGAUAUCAGGGUUGUAUUCUCUCCUCAUGGAGAUUUAUAAAUGUCAUUUCAGAUGGUUCAUUCAAUUCAGCACUUACAAACUGCCACUUACAGUAGUAGUGGAUUAGCAGAGCGGUCUUUACUAGAAGUAAAAGGUAACUCCCAUUGAUCUUGUCUUCCACAUGUAUACGGCUUUUUAUGAAUAGCUUUUCCUAUGUAAUCUAUUCCAAGCAUUUCUGUCAUUAGCUGAACUAACAUGUUUAGUUGACAUGUCAAAUAUAUCAAUUUAGCCAGUUUUGCUGCUGUUAAAGGGUUGGUUCCCACACUGUACAAUGUUGCUCCAACACAAAUUGCUCAAGUCAACUUAAUCAUAUUUACAAGUUUAAGUAGAUUGAACAUAAAACAAUUAAGUUGCCCCCCC